AUGCCGAAGAGAAGAGCUUCAGAUGAGAACAUCCUCGGGAUCUUCGCUGAUGGGGAGCGCUCUGGAAGGAAGCCCCGGCAGGAGAAGUCCAGUGGCGACCUGACCAAAGGAAUCAGCUUCGUGCGGGGACAGACUUUGCAGCCCACAUCGGUGCCCGCACCGCCGAAGGAGGAGAAGAACAAGGAGCAGGAUGAAGACUCAGAUGUGGAUAGUCGCUUUGUACUCGACGCCAGCCUUCCCAGUGCCAACUUCACGCCGGCCGUGGAGGGCCCUAAGCUGCCAGCGCGGAACAAGCUCUCCUUCCAUCAGAUGUCCAGCAACUAUGGUAAGGGCUUUGCCAUGUUGCAGAAGAUGGGUUUCACAGGUGGAGGCCUUGGACGGCACAACGACGGCAUUGCCAACCCCAUCGAGGUGCAGAAGCGGCAAACGAAGAUGGGAUUGCAAGACGAUGGAGAAAUGGUGGAUCAGGACCUCUAUGGCAACGAAGGUGGCCGCCGCACCAUCGAGGAGUUGCUUGGAACCAUCAGCAAGCCCAAGCAGAGUGACGAGCCGAAGAUCAGUGAUGGAUGGAAGCGUGAUGGGAAAUCCAAACGCCCCAAAACCAUCUACAAGAAGGCAGAAGAGGCGUCGGGGGAGGUGCCGGCCAUGCGCAUCGUCGACAUGCGAGGCCCCGAGGUGAAGGUGGCCUCCUCCUUUGCGGAGUUGGCCGCCAACCUCGCGGGGGACAGCGUGAGAAGCUUGAAGGAGUUCCGGCACAACACUCGCCUGCUGGUGUCGCGCUACGAGGACAAGGUGAGGGCUGCUGCAGAGCGGAAGCGCCAUUGUGAGAACAUCAUUCUCGCUGCGGCCAAAGAACAAGAACGUCUUCAAGCAGCGGACAACAUCAGUGAAUCUGAUGUGAAAGGCUGUAAAGAGUUGGUCUUGGAGAUUGAGUCCUUGCGCGAGCAGCAAGAUGAAGCCAGCAUCACACUGAGCGAACUGGCGGACUCAUUCAAGCGCCUGGAACGCACGCGGCCCAAAGAAUUCCAUUUGCUCUCGGCCAUGGAUGUGGCCUUUGCUUUAGCUCUGCCGACUGCCAAAAGGGAGUUGUCUACGUGGCAACCCUUCAAAGCUCCAGAGGAUGGUCUCAAAGCCAUUUCCAAGUGGCAACAGCUGGGAGAUAAGGAGCGCUUCAGCGCUCUGCUGGAUGCCUCGUUGAUUCCACAGCUUCGGAAGGCCUUGGUGGCCUGGUCUCCCCGCGACUUUGAGCCUUGCAUUGCUCUCAUGGAGACUUGCAAGAAGGCCCUCCAUCUGGACGUGGCAGAGGCGCUCAUCGCGGAGGUGGUCCUGCCACGGCUGCGCUCCGAGCUGGAAGUGUGGGACCCACGGAUUGACAAGGUCUCAGCACAUUUGUGGCUGCAUCCCUGGUUGCCCGUGCUGGGGCGGAAGAUGGAGAUGCUUUGGACGCCGAUCAGGUUCAAGAUCUCCGGCUGCCUGGAGCGGUGGGACUCCAACGAUCCAUCGGCCCAUGGGCUCCUGAAGCCUUGGCAGCAAGUCUUUGAUGCGUCGAACUGGGAGCCCCUCCUGGAGAAGGUCUUGUCCAGGCUAGAGAAGGCACUGCUUGAUACGCCCAUCAAGCCUGAUGGCCAGGACCUGAAAGCACUGAAGAGUCUCUUCACCUGGUUGGACUUGGCUCCUCUGGAGAACGUGGCACGUGUCCUUGAGACGGCCUUUUUCCCACAGUGGCACAGCGCGCUGAAGCAGUGGCUGAGGACCAAAGGAUGCAACUUCUCUGAAGUCUUGCAGUGGUACCAGGGCUGGAAGGCGCUGUUUCCCCCCGAGCUGAGAGAACAGUUGGUGGUCCAGCGGCACUUGGCUCAUGGCCUUGAAGUCAUGAAACACAUGAUGGCCAACGGCAGCGAUCUGGACGAGGAACCUGCCGCCCCCCAGCGGCCGAGCCACGCGAACCUGCCACCGACGUCCGCGAGGAACCUGCCGGUGGAAGAAGUGAGCUUGAGCUUGAGCGAUUACAUCACACAGGUGGCCGCAGAAGAGGGGCUGAUCUUCCUCCCAAAGAAGCAGCAGCGGAAUGGGAAGCAGGUGUAUCAACUUGGAGCUGCCACCAUCCAGCUGGAGAAGAACCUUAUUUACGUUGCGCCGAAGGGAGAAGGUGAAUGGAAGGCCGCGUCGAUGGAUGAAUUGCUGAAGCUGGCGAAGGUCACAAAGAAAUGA